CGUAGCUUUGAAGGCCACAGAAUUUUGGUUAUUUAUUUGCGACAAAGGGUCUAAUCGGCAAACACUGCAACCACUGCAACCACUGCAAGCACCUUCGGCGUGUCAAUGGCGAAGCUGUAUGCGUCGUGUGCUGCAAUGGUGGCGGUGCAAAUUGGGUAUGGCGGAUCCAACAUUCUGAUGAAAGUGGCUAGCGAGAAGGAUCUUGAUCCUUUCGUGUUCUUCGUGUAUCGCCAUAUCAUCGCCUUCCUCGUCUUGCUUCCUUUCGCUUAUGUCAUCGAUAGAAACAAACAGACUUCUUUGACGAUUUCCACGACCAUUAAGAUCUUCUUGCUAGCCAUUUUAGGGUCAACUACUUACUUGAAUCUUUUCUACCUUGGAAUUAAGUAUACUUCAGCCACCGUGGCUUCCGCUUUCAGUAAUGUCACUCCCAGCUUCACUUUUGUCAUGGCAGUUUUGUUCAGAUUGGAGAAAGUGAAUAUCAAAACUGCAAGAGGUGCUGCUAAAGUGUUGGGGACGGUGAUCUGCAUUGGCGGUUCCCUUAUUUUCACGUUCUGGAAAGGACCGUACUUAACCAAAGCCAUCUUCAAGGAGCCGCUCAUAAACAUAUACAAGAAUCAGGACUCUGGGAAUAGCAGCGGCAAGGAUUGGAUCAAGGGCUCAGCUUUUAUUGUUCUAAGUGAGAUGUCUUGGAGUGCAUGGCUAAUUCUACAGACAUUUGUCACCAGAAAAUACCCAGCUAAAUUGACCAUUACUGUUCUAACUUGCGUGUUUGCAACUGCACAAUCUGGCUUCCUUGCCUUGUUCUUUGCCAGAGAUCCAGAAAAAUGGAAGCUGCACUGGGAUGCACGGUUGUUAACCAUCGUAUACAGUGGCAUUAUUAUUUCCGCCGUGGGGUAUUUUGUACAAACCUGGGUCAUCAGCCACAAUGGGCCAGUUUUUACUUCAAUAUUUAACCCCCUAAUGCUGAUAUUUGUGGCCAUAUUCUCAGCAUUUGUGUUCUCAGAGCGGCUUCAUGUGGGCAGCCUGGUGGGAGCUUUCUUUAUCGUAUUGGGUCUGUAUUUGGUGCUGUGGGGGAAGAAGGCAGAUCAUGUGGUGGCGGAUGAACAGCAGGAGAAGGAAAAGGUGUUCGUUGACACUGAAAUGCAGAGUACGUCUGUAAAUGAUAAUGAAGUGAAAGAUAGUGUAAGAGAAACGAGAAUUUCUCGGAUUGGAGCUGCAAACGUUGCAAGUUAACUACAGAACACACCAUGUGGCAGCACUUUGUUCUUUCACUGUUCUUGUAAUCUAUCUAUACUUAUUUAGAAUGGAGUUUUACGUGUAGAAUUA